AAGACCUAUUCCAAGUUUUACGGUAUAAUUGGGGAGAAGAUGUUGGAUAGACCAAAAUAUCAAGCGAUAUUCACGACUCUUUUCCAAGACUAUUACAACAAUAUUUCCAAUUAUGAAGUAAAUGCUAUUCGAAACAUAGGUAAGUUCUUUGGAUAUUUAUUCUCCACCGAUUUACUAGAACUAAACAAAGUGUUUAACCAUAUAAGUUUGAAUGAACGAGAUACAAACUCUCAAGGAAGAAUUCUUCUCAAGUUCAUCUUCCAAGGGAUGAUUGAGGAACUAGGCAUGGCUGAAUUAAAGAAACGACUCAGUGAAGACUAUAUCAAACGAGACAUCAAUGGAAUGUUCCCUGUGGUUGACAUUACUUGGGACGAUGCAGAAGAUUUACGGUUCUCAAUCAAUUUUUUCACGGCCAUUGGUCUUGGUGAGCUUACUGAUGAAAUGAGACUGGUAUUACUGCAGUUGCAUCCACCUGAGGAAAGGGGAAGAAGUCGAAGUAGAAGCACAUCACGGUCAAGCAGUUAUUCAAGAAGUUAUUCCAGGAGCUAUUCAAGAAGUGUAUCAUAUUCCAGAUCAAGAUCUCGUUCGCAAUCUCGUUCGCAAUCUCGUUCUCCAAGACGCAGUUCGAGGGAUCCUUCUCCAACUAGGUCUUUUUCUAGAACUCCUUCAAGGGAACCAUUGAAACGAAGACAGCCUUCAUUAUCUCCGCCACCAAAACGUAGAAGAUAG